AUGGCGGCACUAUUUGAAAAGUUGAGGGAACAUGAACUUGAUCUUGGAAGACUUGAUGAAGAAGAAGCAAAAGCCAAAAACAACAAAAAGAGUUUGGCCUUAAAGUCUGAGGUUGAGAGAAGCAAAGGCAAAUCAGAAGAUGAAGACUCAGACGAAGAAGAAAACUUAACUCUUGUGAUUAAAAGGUUAAACAGGUUCAUGAAGUCUAGAGAUUUAAGCGAUUCAAAUGAAGAAGCCAACAUCUGUUUAAUGGCAGAUGAUGAUAAUGUCAGUCAAGUUGGAGUGGUAGAAAAACCCCACCUCUCCUACGGUAGUGAGUUCUCGCGAGCGACGCAAGAGGCUGAGCGGUCCAAGUUUGUGGUGAUGAAGGUUGAGCAGGAGCGACGGGCCGCGAUUAUCCAUGCUGAGGGAGAGAGCGAAACGACGAAGCUAAUCUCCGAUGGGGUCUACUCCUUUAACUCUGGUAAAGUAGACCCCAUCUCCGGCUUUCAAAUUGAAAUAAAAGACUCGAACUAG